ACACGCACACGCACACGCACACACGCUUGGAAGGAAUGCAAAGCAGAUGGACGCGGUGACAUCGCACUCCGGAGGCGGAGCUAGUGAGUACUCCGACCAAUCAGAGUGCAUCUCCAGCCAGCCGACAACCGGCAGACCGCGCCUACUUCGGUGUGCAGGCCAGCACGCCGCUCCCGAAACGCAGAGCCAAGUGGACGUCCAAAGAAACACAUCGCACUGUCACGUCAUCACCAAUGUCGCCCCAGGCAUGGACAGUUUGUCAGCGGCUCCUCCCCCUCCUCCGCCGUGCACCAAUAAGAAGAGUCUCUCCUCCAGCGAAAGCCACACCCUCAUUGAAGAAGUGGCGGGAGACGACUGUUGCGUUCACUGCCUGCUGGCGUGUCUGUUCUGCGAGCUUCGGGCCAUGUGUUGGGCGGCGGAGAGGUGCGUGACGCGCGGAGGGGCCGUGUCCAGCUGCUGCUGCGGGUGCGUGGACACUUGCUGCUCGUGCUGCUGCCGCUGCUGCUUUCGGGACGAGGCGUGUGCGGCCCCGUUGGAUUGCGGGAUGCUGGAGGAGUGCUGCAGCUCGACCGACUGCCUGGAGAUUUGUCUGGAGUGUUGCGCCAUAUGCUUCCCUUCUUAAAACGGGCCAAUCAGAGAAGGACUACGAGAUGACGCCACUCCAACCGUGACACGUGGUUAGCAUGUUUGCCCCACAGUCCAGAGGUUGUGGGUUCCAAACAUUGACUGGCAACCAUUCUUGGCUUUUUAAAUUUUUGUGCGUGCCCUGACGCUGGCUUCGUUGUUUGUCUAUACGUGUCCAUUUGUGCAAGUUUUGUUGCAUCUCAAAGAUACUCGGUGUGAUUGACAGCUCCGGAGAGGAAGCGUGCACACGGGUUUCACAUUACGGAACAUUCAAACAGGAAACAAGAAGACACUGAAAUGACAACGUUUGUCACCUCAAAGACACACGCACGUACUCGUGCACGCAUAAAACAGAUACAUACAUCAAUCCAAAUACACGCGCGCGCGCGCACGCACACUUACACGGGAGUACCUCAAGUGCCUCAUUACCAGCCUCUUGCUGGUAUAUUUUUUUUUAAUAACGCAACCUGUGGGCCUCGUUUGAGUCAUUUUCUUUUUCUUUUGGCAGUACUUGGCAUACGCCAGGCACGGCGGACGACCGGUUAGAGCGUCUGCCUCACAGUUCUGAAGAGCGGGGUUCAAUCCCCGAGGAGUUUGCAUAUUCUCCCCGUGCCUUCGUGGGUUAUCUCCGGGGACUCCGGUUUCCUCCCACAUCCCCAAAACUUGCAUGCUAGGUUAAUUGAAGACUCUAAAUUGCCCGUAGGUGUGAAUGUGAGUGCGAAUGGUUGUUUGUUUGUAUGUGCCCUGCGAUUGGCUGGCAACCGGUUCAGGGCGUACCCCGCCUCCUGCCCGAUGAUAGCUGGGAUAGGCUCCGGCACGCCCGCGACCCGAGUGAGGAGAAGCGGCUCAGAAAAUGGAUGGAUGGCAUAUGCCAAUGAUGCAAGGGACUAAAAGGGAGGCAUAAAUGUCUUAUUUAUUUCUUUGCUAAUAUUACAGAAAAUAUAUGUCUAUUCACACGUUUUAUGAUGAAACCGGUCAUUCAAACAAGACAUUUUGUGUUUUCUCACUUUAUUUCCAUAUAAAGUUUCUAUGUAUAGAUAUGAUACAAUGUUACAUGGUUGUAAACAACAAUAAACAC